CUCUUCCCUUCUCGCUUCCCUUGCAGAGCACUACAAACAUCACUGGUUUCCCGAGAAGCCAUUCAAAGGCUCUGGGUAUCGCUGCAUCCGGAUCAAUCACAAAAUGGACCCCAUUAUCAGCAAGGCAGCUAGCCAGAUCGGACUCAGCUUACCACAGCUCUACCAGCUCCUGCCCAGCGAGCUCACGCUCUGGGUGGACCCCUUUGAGGUCUCGUACCGCAUCGGUGAAGAUGGCUCCAUCUGUGUCUUAUACGAAGCAACUGCAACGAAACCUGUGAGCUCCUACGGGAUGCUUACCUGUAAAAACCAGAUGAUGUUAGGUCGCACCAGUCCUUCCAAAAACUACAUGAUGGCUGUCUCCAGCUAA